AUGGUCCAGGUGGUCGCUGAUGACUUACUCAAAAAAAAAAACGUCGACGUCAGUGACCACAGCGCUGGAGGGUCUAUUGCCAGCAAUCAGUUCUGCUUUAUCAUAAUUGCUGAAGUCGAGUAUGCACCGACAUCGGUCGCACUCGUGCAGCCAAACGAAACAGGGCAUGGGUUACAACUAUCCAAAUCACGGAAUACCAGUUCCUUUACCACACUGGCACUUAUGGCGAGCGAUGCCCACAUAUCGACACACACCACUGUGAGGAGUUGCAGGAGGCAUGACGACCGUCGUCAUCACAUUACCAGUUACGAUAUUGACCAGACAUUCAAGGGAACGGGAAAAAGCAUCGCCGACGAUACUACCAGCAAUGUCUGGGAUUCGCUUGCGCCAGAGUGUGAUAAUAGCGCAUACAUACAGGUCUUGGGUAUCGGAACGGGCGCAACAGUCCCCAAGAGCACACUCUUUGCUGCUUCACUGCUCCCAGUCAGAAGGGAAGACGAGCAAUGCGCCACCAGUCAAACCUUGACGUGGAUACCAGCACCAGUCGCCUUCAAGGUCGUUUAUCUCGGAAAGGCUCAGUUUGUGCAAAGUCAUCUUGUGUAUUACAGACAGACUAGCAGGGCGUCAACCCAGCGGGCCAGCUCUCACCGCAAGGAUUGGCCCCCCUACCUCCCAGCCCGAGCGACUGUCCAUACCAUACCCAUCGACUGCUUCACUGGUGCCGCCAUAUCAGACCCGGUCGCCAUAGUAGCCUAUCUCGAUGAAACCAUUAUUCGUACGACAGAGGUAAGGUCGCAUGAAGGAGAACAGAUUCCCGCAAAACAGCCAUACAAUGUGGCAUGGGCGCUUCUGUUCUUCAGCAGAAGUUUGAUGCGGAUACGUAACUGGGAUCCCACCGUAGAGUUGGCGGAGAAAGCCCCACGCGAUCAGAACAAAGAGGUACAGGGUGUAAGCUAUGCGGAUAGCGCAGGCGAUGGGAUAGCCAAAGUGGCAGCAUGGAAGAAGCAUGCGGAUCACAGAGAAGAGCCUUCGCCUUCGUGUAUUAGGAAAUGA